AUUGGAUUUAUUCAUGUCAUGAUUGUGUGUCAUACCAACCAUAGAACUCCCUAUUUGUUUUGUCACCAAAGCAUGACUCAGCUCAGCACCAUAACAUAUCAAUCAAUUUCCUUUAUGAACUAGGGACUGAUCCACAAAUAAAUGAAAUUAGAGAGGACACAAGGAAAGGUAUUAGCUGAUUAGCAACAGAUGGUGAUAAUUAACACAGAAAUGUCACAAAGUGAAGAUGAAGAGAUCAACAUGGCAGCUUGGAUUCUUGGUGUUAAAGAUUUAUCAAUUCAACCAUAUCCACUUCCUUCUUUAGGUCCCCAUGAUGUUAAAAUUAGAAUUAAAGCUGUUGGUAUUUGUGGAAGUGAUGUUCAUUACUAUAAGACUAUGAGAUGUGCAAAUUUUAUUGCCAACAAGCCUAUGGUACUGGGGCAUGAAUGUGCUGGAAUCAUUCAAGAACUAGGCACUCAAGUUCAAUCUCUUGCAGUAGGGGACAGGGUAGCCUUAGAGCCUGGAAUCAGUUGCCAAACAUGCAAUUUCUGCAAAGGUGGCCGCUACAAUCUCUGUCGCGGCAUGAAAUGUUUUGGAUCAGCAUCAACUCACACUCACGGUUCUCUUGCCAAUAUGGUGGUGCAUCCUGCCAAUCUGUGUUUCAAGCUACCUGACAAUGUGAGCUUGGAGGAAGGAGCCAUGAUUGAGCCACUCAGUGUAGGAGUGCAUGCGUGUCGUCGCGCGAAUAUCAGUCCAGACACAAAUGUACUAAUCAUAGGAGCAGGACCAAUUGGCCUUGUAGUAUCACUUGCUGCCAGGGCAUUUGGAUCACCAAGAAUUGUGAUGGUUGAUGUUGAUAACACUCGUUUAUCAAUUGCAAAAGAUCUUGGUGCAGAUGAGACUAUUCUAGUUUCAACUAGUAUCCAGGACAUGGAGAAAGAAGUGGUGCAAAUCCAGAAUGCCAUGAGGUCUAAGAUUCAUGUGAGUUUUGACUGUGUUGGCUACAAUAAAACCAUGUCCACAUCACUCAAUGUCACCACCUCUGGUGGCAAAGUUUGCCUCAUUGGAUUAGCUCAAACUGAGAUGACAGUUCCCCUUACUCCGGCCGCAGCGAGGGAGGUUGAUGUAAUUGGAAUAUUCAGAUACAGAAACACUUGGCCCCUAUGCAUUGAGCUAUUAAGAACUGGGAAGAUUGACAUCAAGCCAUUGAUAAGUCACAGGUUUGGAUUCUCACAGAAAGAGUUGGAAGAAGCCUUUGAAACCAGUGCUCGAGGGGGAAAUGCUAUUAAGAUCAUGUUCAAUCUCUAGAUUCAGUGUGUUUCUUUUAGCAUUAAGUUAAUUACUAAUUGAAGUAUAGAGUGUAUUACUCUCAUAAUACAUCAUAGUAGUAUUAGUACUCUCUUAUUUAAUUU